GGGUCAGAGGUUAAACGGUCAAUUUUAUUUUGCUCGGGAUGUAAACUCCCAGAAUCAACGAAACAUAUAGAAUACCAUUGGACAUAAGAAGGUAGUCAGACAUGGCAAACUUUAAAGCGUUUGUAUCACAGAAUGAACUUGAUGAGAAACGGAAAGCCAGGCAGGAAGAGUGGGAGAAAGUGAGGACAGCAGAGCAACCGGAAGUUUGCCCAGAAGAGGAAGAACAUGAUCCAAGGUCAUUAUUUGAACAAUUGCAAGAUCAGAAAGACAAGAAACAAGAAGAGUAUGAUGAAAAAUUUAAAUUCAAAAACCUGAUAUACAAAGGACUUGACAAAGAAGAAUCCAACUUUUUAGAUCAUGUCGCUGAGCGAAAGCUACAGAUUGACAGAAACAUAAUGAGUGAAGAGAAGAAAAUAGUAGAAGAAUGUAAAGAAGCAAUGGUGGUGAAAGUUAGUGAACCUGAAAAGAUUUCUUUGUCUUCAAAAUCAACUGAAAAGAGAACAUCAGUUGGAACCAAGAAAUCUCAAAUGUCAUUGCUUGUAGGCGCUGUUAAAAGGAAAAGGAGCGAUAGCGGGGGAAGUCCUGACAAAAAAACAAAACAGUUAACUGUCAGCACACCAGAGGAGAAAUCCGACAAUCACGAAAAACACACAGAGGAUUCAAAAGAUGAGACGAAUACACAAAAUAAUACCACUGCUCAAUACAUAGGAUUUCUACCAGGUCUUGGUGUAUACUCUGAUAGCAGUGACUCAAACUCCUCAAGUAGUGACUCUGAAAUUGCAGUUGGGUCUCAUGCAAGUGUAUUAAAGAAAUAA